AUGACGGCCACAUAUAAAACCAAAGUCAGGGUGGCUCAGCAGUGCCAGCAAGUAGUGCAGCUGAAGCAGACCUACCAAGUGGAGACCAUGAAGCUGUUCCAUGACUGCGACGUCCCUGAACGGCCACCAACCAGAAACACCCCAUCUAUGAGCACAGACUGGAACGUACUACCAUUUGCAUAUCCAGAAAAUGAACAGAAUCAGCAGAAAAGCAAAACAAUUAAUGAGAUUCUUAGGUUUAGCCUGAAGCAGCAGAAGGAAGAUGAGAUCACAAACAAUUCGGGCUUUGUUACUGUUGUAGUUAGCCGAUGUUUGGAAGCUGCCAGCAUGUGGAACUCUGUAGUUUGUGGCAUCAGGCAUACCCAUAAUUCACUUCAACCACACAUGUGGAUUGAUAUUGAUGGAUACAUUAUUGAUAAUACAUAUAUAAAAGACUUUCCAGCGGAGAACUUGAUGUUUCUGUGCGAGAACACACCAAAAUGUUAUGACAGGUGUGAUUUUUCUCAUCUGAAGGCAUAUGAGGCGAUUCCAAAGCAGCAGUCUGCAGCAGACACGAUGAAGGCAGCCGGUAUUAUCCCUAGAAAGCGUAUAGAUUUUUAUGACUACAAACCUGAUCAAGCUUUGGCCAUAGGCUUAAAUAGGGAGCAGUCAUUUAAUUAUUAUUUUGCUAUGAUAAGAUAUAUGUACGACAAGUUUGGAGUGUCAGUUGCUGGUAUUGAUCCAAAGAUUCGAUCAGUAUGCUGGUGGUGUGGUUGCUACCCUAGAGCCGGCAAGCCUUUCUUGUCAGAUAUUCAGAUUCCAGAUGAGGAUGUAUCAAAUAUUCCACCAAACAUAAAUGUGAGUUUUCCACGUUUUAAAGAGACUGAUUCUCCUUCAAAAGUAACUUGGAAAUUUCCACACUGUAGUCGGUGUACUGUAGCACAAUACUGCAGCCCAGAAUGUCAGAAAACUGAUUGGCUAGAAAAUCAUGCGAUCAAUUGUUUUUCCAGAGGUUCAAUGUAUUUACCUCCUUUUGGGGACGUUCCUUUAACAUUCGAUCCUAUGUACUGA